UCUACCAUUACGCUGCCACAUACACAUUUCGGUCCCUCAAAUCGCGCAAAAGGGAAACCUCAAUCAGAAUGGCAGCCAUUCGUAUCGAGCUGGACGGAUAAAGCUGCGCCAUUCUCUAUACUCCGGCAGCAGGGAUUGUAUGACGAUCGUCUUCCAUAAUGCUCGCAUUCCUACCAGGUCGGUACUAGUACUGACGCGUCGUAUAGGCACUCGGGAACCAAGCUCAGGCAUCACACAUCGAACGUCCGGCAAUAUAGCUCAUAUGCCAGGAAAAGGCGACGAACAAACUUUCAACGAGGACUAUGAGAACAUUGGCUAUCGCAAUUUCAAAGCAGUCGAUUACGAUAGAUUGAUGUCAUGGAAAGCUGGCGGCCGCGUAGAUGUAGGUGAAAGGAUACUGACCGCUCAGAAGACAGAUGAGGACAAAGUCAAUGAACGUCUUCCAGCGGGCUGGAGGGCAGUUGUGGAUACAAUGAAUUUCAGACUGGUCCGAAAGAGUGAGAAAGCAUUCGUCCAUAUAUAACGUCCUGUCUGAAAAUCCAACAUCACUUCCAGCUUACAAUCCCGUCUGCAAGCCUCCUGCAUACAUCUUCACCAGGGGAGUACAGGCGAGGGGAGUGGGGAGGCAUCGAGCGGGGGUAAAG